AUGGAGGCAGACAAAUUUGAUUUGAAAGAGCCAGACAAAUUUCUCAGAGUGUAAAGACCGAGAGCGUCUUUACGUAUCCCGCCUGAAAUGAAUUUCAGAGAUCGCCAUCUUGCCAGUGCUUUCGUGCAUUCCUUGGACACAGUCAGGCGACAAUACCGGUGUUCCUUGGGAUGUAAACCCUAAGCAUUGAACCACCUCUGCAGGGGUCUCAAGUGUAGAAGGCCCAAUGGGGUCAAAAGAGUGGCUGCGGAGAGGAGACCCAUCAGUCUCUGACGCUGAAGAACAGUCACCUUCUGGUCUUGGACAAAAGGAUUGAGGUGAACUACAAUUUUCUGGACUCGCUCUUCGGUGAGGUGAGUCAAACAUUACAGAUUGUGUGGGGACCAGGUGGCUUUUUUGCAUCUUCAACCUGAGGCCUCACUAUGAGAUGUGGUUCAGGAGAGAUGUUGUGUCUGCUGCUGCCUGUUCUCGUGACUGAGUGCAGAUUAGCCAAUUGUCUAGGUAAUUGAGUACUAUCAUCCCUUGUGAUGUUAGGGGUGCUAGAGCGGCAUCCAUGCAUUUUGUGAAUGUUCUUGGUGCCAGGGAGAAGCCGAAAGGUAACACUUGGUACUCGUACGCUAUGCCGUUGACUGCAAAGCGAGCCGGGUGGAUCAGUCCGUGGAAGUAGGCAUCUUUUAGGUUGACAGUGGUGAACCACUGGCCUGGGCUGAUAGCAUGUUGAAGGGGAGGGUAUUCAAACACAGGUUGAGAGGCCUCAAGUCCAGGAUGGGGCGAAAGCCGCCAUCCUUCUUGGGGACUAGGAAAUAUACUCCAUAGAACCCACUGUGCUGUUCUGAUGGUUUGAGUUGUCUGAUUGCAUUCUUCUCCAGCAGGGAGGCAAUCUCCAGUUGGAGAGCUUCUCUUUUCAGGGGGUUGGCUGUUGUAGUUUACCAAACCCCUCUGAACAGUGGUGGCCGGCAUCGUAGCUGGAGUUUGUACCCAUAUAGUACUGUAUCCAACACCCAGGCUUCUCACACUUUGCCCGAUGGGCUUGGGAGAAGUGGCCGAUGCCGGGGCCACACCCAUCAGGAUGACCGUCCUUCUUCGGAGCAGAGGGACAGUGCUUGUUAUGCCGCUACCUGUGCUGGUGGUGGCGCCACUGCUGACCAGGAGUCUGUUGACAUAGCUGAUCAGGGCAUGGCUGGUUUUGGGGAGGGGCCAAGCGACCUUUCAAGGCAGGAGAGAUCUGAGGUCCAGACUGCAAUGGUCUCUGGGUAGGGUAACGUGGGGCAGGGGGACCCAUGAAAGAUUGCAGGGUCUCUCUGUCCUUCCGCAGCGUCGCCAUUUGGUCCAAAAUGGCAUCCACACCAGGACCAAAAACUUGGCCUGGGGAGAUGGGGAGCUCCAUAAAAGGUUUCUUCACGGAGGCCGAUAUCUUUGUCUGUAAGACCCAGAGCUGUCUACAUGACGAGAUGACCGUAGACAGGGCUUUGCCAUUAACACAUGACAUCUCAGCGUUUAAGAGCGAGAGGAGUGUGGACGCCUGAGUCAUUUCAGCCGUCAGCUCAGGGUCAACGUCAGUGGACAGGCGAGCUAUCAGACCGUGCAGGUAUGCCUGCAGCAGAGUGGUCACAUUCAUGAGGCGAGCCACCAUGGCCAAGGUCAGGAAGGUGUCCUUUAAAUUGUCGUCAGCAGCCCGAUGAGGACCCGGAGGACAACGCGGAGACCUACCAAUGAUCUCCUUGUCUGGGAGGACCAUGGCCACAACAAUGGAGUCCAUGAUGGGUCUGAUCCAGUCGCAACUCCUCGGGAGAAGCCAUGAAUGUCCAAGGUUUGCACUGGCUUAAGAAAUGGAACCUUGAGUUCACCUUAGCCCAAGAUUGACGCAGUUCAUUGGAGAACUUGGGGCACUGAGGAAUGUACACUCUGCAUGGGCUGCUGUUAGGGUCUGGAUAAAAAUUCAGAGCUUUCAUGACCCUAGAGAGGAGCUCCUGCAAAUCAGCUGAUGGACAGGGCGCUUCACUCUCAGCCCUCUCUGAGCCAUGGUUCACUGACCCAGAACCGGCCUCAGAGGUCUCUUCGUCUAGGUUAUUACCAGCAAGGAUAGAGAUAGCAUCAGGUUCCUUUCUUAAGUCUUCAACAGAGCCUGUCAGGCUGAGAGAGCGGAGCUGCGAAGACAGAGAGGCUGCCUAUGCCUCCAACUCAUCCAGAGUAGGUCCCCUGUCCUUCUUGGACUGCUUGGUGGGAGGGCUCACCGCUGAGGAGGGUUGUUUAUGCUUGAGGCCGCUCCCGGAGCCUCGAGCAUUUGUCUCCUUCAUCAUAGCUAAUCGUGCUUCACAUAGGUGUGGGCAGAGUAGCACAAUACAUGCAGCUGAAGGGGGAAUCAACAGCCUGAAUGGCAUGCUCUAAGCCUAGGCACAUCAUAUAGGUGGAAUCGGCAUCAACAUGUCUCAGACUGCUUUCGAAAACAAAUUCCAACAAAUCCUUGCUGAAUACAAAUCAGACAUCCUGCCACUCAUAGUUAAGGAAUAUGACAGAUUAACUCCCUCUGAAAAGACAAUGAUGUCCCUCGUAAAUGAGCUCUUCUGUGUCUUACAUUUGACACCUAGCUCACCAGGCAAAAGAGCAGGAGUGCAAAAUGGAUGGUAAAUCUGUUGAGUUCAGAACCUUUUUGACCAGUAGAGGAGAAUUUGACAAUGUGCCCUUAUCUCUGUCCAGCAGAAACAGAAUGAACAGUCUUUUUCAUAAUUGUGCAGGGGUCUAUAGCAUAUGUGAGGAUAUGGUUGAGUUCACCAGUGGGUACGUAGAUGAAAGUAGUAUACUUGCAGCAGUUGCUGCUGUUUUAGAGGUUCAACAGUUCAAGGCAGGAUGCAGAUCUCUGGGUCUGAUAUCUAAGAUAAUCAUUGAUCCUCUCUGGAGGGUCCUGACUUCAAAUCGAAAUGUGUUGGCAAUGGAAGUGAGAUACCAAAUCCUUGUUACCAAGCUCAAGGAAUGGCAAGAAGAUGGGAGACACCUUGUUGAAGGAAAUGAAUGCUUGUUUGAUGACAUUGAGGUACACAAAGACCUAGUGUUUUGCAGGCUUACCAUGUGGACAGAGCCAGACUUUUUUCAGUUGACAGUUCAGAUUGUAGAGUUGCUCCUAGACAGUUUUUUGAAGGUUUGUUGUAAGGUCCUGCCAGUCAAUCUAGAACCCUCUGACAUGAUAAAUAGGGUGGAGUCAGAGUCAAACAUGGAUGUUCACUGUGGAUUUUUUUUUUGCACCAUUGAGCAUUUGUAG